CCUACACAAACCCUAACCCUCCCCUUCAUCUUCCUUUAACAUUAUUGCCGUCCCGUAAUCCUCUCUCUGUAUCAAGAGGAGCGAAAGAAGAUGCAGAUCUUUGUGAAGACCCUAACGGGCAAGACCAUAACGUUGGAGGUGGAGUCUUCGGACACCAUCGACAACGUGAAGGCCAAGAUCCAAGACAAGGAAGGAAUCCCGCCGGACCAGCAAAGGCUAAUCUUCGCAGGGAAGCAGCUGGAGGAUGGACGUACGUUGGUCGACUACAACAUACAGAAGGAGUCAACUCUCCACCUGGUGCUUCGCCUUCGUGGUGGGGCCAAGAAGAGAAAGAAGAAGACAUACACUAAGCCCAAGAAGAUCAAGCACAAGAAGAAGAAGGUGAAGUUGGCCGUGUUGCAGUUUUACAAGGUGGAUGAUUCUGGAAAAGUGCAGCGUUUGAGGAAGGAGUGUCCAAAUGCUGAGUGUGGUGCAGGGACUUUUAUGGCCAAUCAUUUUGAUAGGCACUACUGUGGUAAGUGUGGUCUCACUUAUGUUUACCAGAAGGCUGGUGGUGAUUAAUCGCACUCAACCUACUUCAUCUUAGCGAGAUCCUUUAAUUUUAUAAAUAAAGUAAUCGUCGGACUUAAAUUUUGUUUCGGUUAAUCCUAAUUUUAGAUUUUGUUAUGGAUUAAUUACAUUGUUGUUGGCUUUUUAUAUAAGAAAUUUUAUUUUAUUA